AAGAAUAAUAAGCCAACUAUUCCUUUAACACCGCCUAGUUGUCUCUUCAACUUCCUUAGAUUCACUACAAUUUCCUUUGUCUUCAUCUCACCAUAAGCCUAAAAAACUAGACACGAAUCUUUUGGAUUCAAGACAGAACAGAUAGAUCUGCAGUGCUGUUCAUUUGACUAACACAGUCAUCAAAGUUCAAACACACACAAAAAUAUUUUAAUAAUAUUAUAUAAUAUAUAUAAAGUGUGAACAAAAGUUUUCACUGUAUAAGCAUGCAGAUUCUUCAUUGGCUCUUUAAAAGGGCACAAGAACAAGAAAGAAAGAGAACCACCUUCAAUCUCUUUCACCAAAAGGAAGAUAUCAAUGAACAAAAUGUUAAAGGGAUAGAGAUUAGAGUACUAAACCAUGAUGGAACAUGUAAAAGGACAAAGAGAUUUUUAUGGAGCAAACAUGGUUACAAGAAUUUGAAGAUAUUCUCUUAUUUAUAUAGAAAAGAUAUUCCAAAAGCUUGUUUUUACAGAACCCUAAAACUAAAGAGAAUAGUCUCUAUGAAAAUGAAGAAAGAAGAAUCAUCCCGCGAGGAAGCGAUCGUUAACAAGACAGAUUCGACGAGUCAUGGAGGAAAUAAGGUUUUGCCUAUAAAUCAUGAGGCAUCAUUGUCAUCUUCAGUUGAAAGAAAGGACCACCAAUGUGAUAAAAAGAAGCCUAUUUCUAGAAUGAAAGAGUUACUUAGAUGGGCUGCCUCUGCUAAAACAGAGAAAGGAGCAAAAUUCUAUGGAAAAAAGGUUUUAAUGUUCCGGAGGCGUGGAAACCUGAAAGCAUUUAAAGAUGAUGAUGAAGUUAUGAGUGAGUCACCAAAGAUCAGUUUCAGAUGGGAUGUAGAAAGCUGCUCCACCACUUCCUCUGCCUAUUCAGCUUUCUCAAUGGCAUCUUCAACAAAAAAUGGAAAAAACAAAAUUGCAACUUCCACCAUAUCAAUCCCUCAUUCAGAAAGUGGACACACCACUUGUAGGAAAGCAAACUGGAUCACAACUGACUCUGAAUUUGUGGUGCUGGAACUAUGAAAUAAAUGUGACUACAGCAGAUGUAUCCCAUGUGUGGUGAAGGGGUAGCAGGCAAUCUAUGUCUCAAGUUAAUGCUCUAGUAUAGUAUUUUGAGUGUUGUUCAUGGCUAAUUUCUAUCCAGAUAUUUUGUAAAAAAAUUAUGUAACUUAACUAAAGAUAGAGAUGUCAAGAGGCACAAGAGAAAGAGAUGUAAUAUCUGUAGUUAAUGAUCUGAAUGUAUUAGAUGUGAAUGAGAAUGUUUGCCAUCUACAUUAUUAGAGGUGUAAAUUAAUUGCUUCUUGACUUUAUUAAUGUAGGAGAUGAGUUUACAA